AUGCUAUCUCCUGUAGCUUUUUUUGUGGCUUGUUUGAUAAUCUUACAAUCAAGCCUAACCGUCUCAUCAGCUUCUGCAGCUGUGGAAAGAUUCCGAGCAUUAUCUGGCAGUUAUCCUCCAUUUGAAUAUGAUGAGCCAAGGUUUGGAGCUUAUCCUUUAGUGAAACGCAAUCGUAUGUGUCUCAUUAACGCUGGUCUCUCUCAAGGAUGUGAUCUUUCGGAUAUUUUGAUGGCAAAACAACAGGCUAGUAAGUUUAUGAGUUUCGCUGGUCCUGGACGCUAA